GCGCGAAAAUGGAAGGCGCCUCUUACCCAAAGUUGCUCUUCGUUGCAGCCAUCGUGCCAGGCGUCGUGGCAGGCCUAGAGCUGUCCAUCAACGCCAACACCGCCGACUAUGAGCUGGCGACCGAGGUGGGCCUGAGCCAGUCCCUCUGGUGCUCCGUUAAGCAUCCCAGCCAGGCAGAGGAGCUGCUGUGGAUGCGAGGGGACAGAGAGGUCAGCCUGCAGGAGGGGAACCGGGUGAAUGCCAGCAACGUCUGCAUCUCCCCCGUCACAGACGAGGACAACGGCGUUUCCUUCACCUGCCACUUGGCCCGGGACAAAUCCGUCCAGAUCUCUGUGCUGCUGAACGUCACCUGUGCUUUUGAGAACAGGUAG